UAUUUAUUGAGUAAUCUCCAAUGUGGAACCAGAUAUUAUUUUUAUCUGCAGACCUUCAACCAACUGGGGCAAAGUUCACCUACAUCCACAAUCAUGACACGCACUCAAGGCUCAGCUCCAGUGGCUCCAAGCAGUGCAGACUUGAUAAAAGUGAACUCUACCUCGAUAUCUUUGAACUUGACUUCUUGGAAUGAUGGUGGAUGUCCAAUAACAUCACUUGUUGUAGAGUAUAAACAAAAGAAAGCAAUAGCAUGGACACUUGUUUCGAAUAAUAUCAAAGUAGAAAAAGCAGAAUUCUUAGUACUGGAUCUGGAUCCAGAAACCUGGUAUACAUUACGCAUUACAGCUCAUAAUAGUGCUGGAUCAACUGCAGAGGAAUACAACUUCGUAACACUUACAUAUGGAGGAGCCACAAUUUCACCCGAUACAGCAGAGCAUUCAGUAUCUGGGGACAAAACAUUUUAUAGUGAUCUUUUGAUAAUAGGACCAACAGCAUCAGCAGUUAUUGUUCUUAUAGCAGCUGCCACUGGUCUUUUCAUGUAUCUCAGGAAAAAUCAAGAGAUGUUCUCAUCAAGUCCAUUUGGAGAUAAACCAUUGAAGAAGGAUUUAAUGUCAGAAGCAGAUAAGAGGACUGUAGCACCCAUUUAUGACAGUGAUGAUGGACUGGUCGCACUAAGUACAACACCACAGGAGUCUGUGUACCUGCCUACACCACUGCACAUUUCACAUUCUCAUAGAAAAGGCAUAAGCCCCUAUGCAACAUUUCGAGUUCCUUUAGAAGGAUCAAUGAAAAAUGCUGAAAAUUGUGAGUCAUGUGUGUCAUCUGGAUCUGUUCAGUACACUGGAAAUGUUAAGAUCUCAGGAAAGCCUGACUGUUGUACAGAAUUGACAUAUUCAAAAAUCCAAGAGAAUUCACAGUGUAGUAAUGAAGGACCUGAGUGGAUACCACUUCAUAAUUUGUACCAGGCUCAUAGAUACUAGUGGCCAACCUUCUCAGUAUCAUGGAGCAUUAUGCAUUAU